GACAUUUAUAGGCUGAAAAUGUUUCCUCUCUUUGAAUUAAUUAUUCCUAAGAAAGGUUGCCAUUUGUUUUCCUUCUAAUUCUAAAGAACAAAUGAAACCCACAAAAACAACUCUUUCCCUGCGUUUGAACUCAAGCUUUAUUAAUGGAGGAUAGGAAAGCAAACAUAAUCUCCGUUUCGGCGAUCAGUGGUCUGAUUAUCCUCAUCAUUGUUGCUCGAGUGUUGCUGAAACUUUCCAAGGCAUUUUUCCUCAUUGCAGGAGCAGGAAUUGCAGUAAUCCUUGCAGUAUUCACAUGUAUGGUAAUCAGGGGACGGAACAAUCGCCGGAGGAAAUUGUUAGAGAAGAAAAUUGUAUCUGAAGGUCAGGAGCUGCGGAUAGAGUACAGUUUUCUCCGGAAAGUUGCUGGGGUUCCGACCAAGUUCCGGUACAAGGAGAUUGAAGAAGCAACGGACGAUUUCAGGGCACUGCUAGGCAGGGGAGCCUCGGCUGCUGUCUUUAAAGGUAUACUAACUGAUGGAACUCCUGUUGCCGUGAAAAGGAUCUCCGGCGAGGAGCGGGGGGAGAAGGAGUUCCGAUCCGAAGUUGCGGCGAUUGCCAGCGUGCAGCAUGUGAACCUCGUCCGCCUUCUUGGGUACUGUAUUGUUCCCGGUGGACCUCGGUUCUUGGUCUACGAGUUCAUCCCAAAUGGUUCGUUGGAUUGCUGGAUUUUCCCAAGGGUCACCAGAAACCGCCCUGGCGGCUGCCUGUCAUGGGAUUUGAGGUACAAAGUCGCCAUCGAUGUGGCCAAGGCGCUUUCUUACCUACACCACGACUGCCGGUCAAAGGUAUUGCAUCUUGAUUUGAAACCAGAAAAUAUUCUGCUCGAUGAGAAUUACAGAGCAAUAGUGGCGGAUUUCGGACUUUCGAAGCUGAUGGGGAAAGAUGAAAGCAGAGUUGUCACAACAAUUCGGGGGACUAAAGGGUAUUUGGCGCCGGAGUGGCUCCUGGAGAACGGCGUUUCUGAGAAAUCCGAUAUCUACAGCUAUGGAAUGGUCUUGUUGGAGUUGAUCGGAGGGCGGAGAAACGUGACCGUGAUUCAACAGGGGAAUGACAAGGCUCAGAGGAAAUGGCAGUACUUUCCGAAGAUCGUGAGGAACAAAUUAAAAGAAGGGAAGUUAAUGGAAGCCGUCGAUCAUCGGCUGCUGGAAACCGGCGGCGUUGACGAGAAGCAGUUAAAGAGAAUGGUUUUUGUGGCUUUGUGGUGUAUCCAAGAGAGGGCGGCGCUAAGACCAAGCAUGGCUUGUGUUGUGGAUAUGCUUGAAGGGCGUGUUGCAGUAGAUGAGCCACCGGAGACCCAGAUGAUUGUUGUAGAUUUGUUGGCAAUUGAUGAAGAGGAUCCGGAGGGACAUAACGGGCUGCCGAGAAUUGCAGCGGUGGCAGCACAAGUGGAUAGCGACCCUCCUAGCACUUCUUCAUGCGCAUUUAGCUUGUCAGUUCUCUCUGGGCGGUAGCAGGGAAAAUUGAAAAACUGAGAAAUUUUGGUAACAUAAUUGGGAGACUUCUGAUAUUUGCCUCCAUUGUUUCUGAAUUGUCUUUCAAUCACAAUUGAAAUAUAGAUAGACAUUGAAACUCUAGAUUAGCAUCUCUAAUUUCCAUCGCAAUCCAGACGUCCUACCCAACAAAAAUGAGCUAUUUUUUAUCUUAAGCCAUAAAUUCAAUUACAGUCA